CGUCCGGGAAUCCAGUCCCAGUCCGGACUCACCCGUGCGGUCUAUGCGAUAUGCCCUGGGCCAUCCUAUCUACGCUAUGUGCUUCUUGAAGGGCCCGGAGUUCGCUUUUGGUGUUCAAGAGUUCAGGGUUUGUUUCGUCCCAUCCACGGUCAACCUCCACAUGCUAUGCUUGAUCUACUCCUCCAUCCCAUGUCAUUUCUCUCCAUUCAUCCCACCUUGAUCAAACCAACUACGAGUCAGCAAAUUCGACGAGUUUUCAUGACUUGACGACGACAGGUCCGAGGCCACUGCUGCGGCUUACCGCCAUCGCCAACCUUGUGGUUGUCUUACAACCAUCCCGAUGUCGCCAUUUUACGCUUUGGAUGGAGGCGGCGGGUGGUUAGAGUCGCGGGUCGACACACGAUGGACGCCGGAAAGUGAUUCGAGCCGGACAGGUUAUGGCAUGUUCCAGUCGGCGACGAACUCGCCGGAUUCACAGACCUUCACCCAAUUCCGGUUUGCUGCCGCCAAAUCCAUCAGAACAUCCACCGUCAUCUUGGCCUCCUUCAACACCAUAGCAGCUUUUGCGACGGCUGUUGGGAUUCUGGUCGAUACCUACCAUCGUGAGAAGAGGGAGAAUAAGAGGUUUAGGUUUAGUCGGAAUGGCUUCUCCUUUGUGCCCGCGACCGAGGCGUUUCCGCUUAUUCUAUCAGUCGGUAUUGUUGUCCAGGGCAUCACAUUCGCCGUUGCCCAGUCAAUGGGACUUGAUUCGCUCUUCGGCUCCGGAUGUACCCUGAUUGCCGUGUUCAUGUUUCCUGCUGUUUUCAUCGUUCCAUAUGUCCAGUUAGUGUUUGGACUUGAAGUCACAAUAAGGAGCCUGCUAAAGAAGCCAUUUGCUCCGAGAGGGAGGUGGAACGUGACAAUCUGCCUUACCGUGGUUGGCUUGCUUCUCCUUGUGAACUUGUUGGUGGCUAUUCUGGAUCGGUCCUCCAAUUUUUGCAUUACUUCGCUUUUCUGGUUCGUUGCGCACUAUUCGGUCGAGUGUUUUGGUCUUUUAGUGGGCAUAUCUGCUUUGCUCUUGGUUUGCGCCGUGGUCGUCUUCGUGAGGUUGCACCGGAGCAACAAGGUAGAGCUCGUCGAGAGGGCUGCUGCUUCAAGGAUGGUUUACUACAUGGCACUAGCAGUCAUAUCAGAGGCACUCAUGAUCCCAUACUUCUACGUUAUAGCCUUUGGCGGCCAAAGAAGGCACGCUCUCAACUUAUCCAUGGUUGCUGCUGUUGUCGCCAAUAUAUCAGGCUUGAUGACGGGAGGCCUAUACUUGUUCCUGAAAUCCAACACUAUAUCCACGAUCGGGCCGAAAAACAAGGAUGCAGAUUACGAGAAUCGAAGGGAAGGGUACAACAAGGCUGAACGCUACGAUUCGGGCGGACUGGACUUCGACAGUCACAUCAUGCGGCCAGUGACGAGCCCCGGAAAAGUUCGCCGCAUGGGCAGCAACGCCAGUCUAAUAAGGACGACCAGAGAUGAAGAGGCAGAAGACAGCCCUGUCACGCCGACUAUCCUUUUCCGUACACCUACGAUACCAGAGCCCGCACAGAUACCUUCGACACCCUCUGUCGCUAGCCAUAUGCGAAAAGAGUCCUACUCGCUUUUCCCGAUCAGCCCACCGACCGCGAGACCAUCCGCCGCCCUCCUACCAUCAACAACAUAUACACCUGCCUCCUCCAAAUUUUCAGACGCCGAUACCCUCAAGCCCCCACCGUCAAUGGGUUUCCUCGCCGCCCGUGGCCACCGACGAAACUCUUCACUGGUCUCAUCAGCCACAGUCCAAAUCGGCCUGCGUCUCUCUUCAGUUGAGAAGGUACCUCCACUCCUGAGUCCAGGUACCGACGUCCACGGCAUCAACUGCCCAAGUCUCGGUCGGAUGAACACGAUAAUACCGGAGAGGAAACAGCCUCCUCCGCUGAUAACGGACUUUGAUACCCCCGUCAACAAAGAAUUCCCGCGGAGGGAUUCAAUGACGUACACGGAGCCCGAGGGCGAGGGCGAGGAACAACUCGAGACGCUCAGUCCGACCGUCUACGACCCGAAGAGUCCAGCAGAUGAGCCCGUGUUGCUCAGUUCGAAGGUUUAUACGCCUACGAGUCCAGUACAGAAGCUGGAGACACUCAGCCCGAAGGUCUAUUCACCAAUGGGUCCGGCUGAAGAGGUGGUGACGCUUAGUGCUAAGACAUAUUCACCUACGACACCUACUAAGACGAAACUACCUAGUCCUCGAAGCCCUCAGGCUGACGGUGGGGAGUUGUUGUCGAGCGCUAGGUAUACCCCGUCAUGAGCCCGACGGUGAUUCCACGAGGAACAUGAGAAAAAUUGUUUCCAGUGGCGAUAGAACCUGAACAUAAACAGAGACGGAUUGUACGAUA